UCCCAAUCGGAAUUCCGUCUUCUUCGUUUGACGCUCUUCUUCGCUUUUGCUCCCAAAUCUCUCAUGCUCUCCGCUUCUCUUGCUCUCUCAGGUUCCCAAUUGCCGAUCUAGGGCUUCGCUUUUGGAUCAAUCAUGUUUUCCAAUCACAUCCAGAAUGGGAUCGAGACCGCAAGGCUCGUGUGGUCGCAGAUCCCGAGAUCAGAGGAGGAGGAGCUCGCCGAGGUUGGGCGGAAUGGCAAUGGAGGUGCCGAGAGUCUUGAUUAUGAGGUUAUCGAGAACUAUGCCUACAGAGAAGAGCAGGCGCAGCGUGGAAAGCUGUAUGUUUGGUAUUAUGUGAUGCUGAAAUGGUUUUUCUCAUUGCUCAUUGGUAUUGGCACUGCAUUAUCUGCGGUUUUCAUAAAUCUAGCUGUUGAAAACUUUUCUGGCUGGAAAUAUGCUGCGACAUUCUCUAUCAUACAACAUUCCUAUUUUGCUGGUUUCUUGGUGUACAUAAUAUUCAACUUAGGUUUGGUAUUUUCUUCUGUAUUUAUUGUUACUCAGUUUGCCCCAGCAGCAGCUGGGUCUGGUAUCCCAGAGAUCAAAGGCUACUUAAAUGGUGUUGAUACACCUGGAAUCCUCCUGUUUAGAACAUUGAUUGGAAAGAUAUUUGGUAGUAUUGGUUCUGUUGGAGGUGGUCUUGCACUUGGAAAAGAAGGUCCCCUUGUUCAUACCGGUGCUUGUAUUGCUUCCCUAAUUGGACAAGGUGGAUCCACAAAGUAUCACCUAAAUCCAAGGUGGCUACAAGUUUUUGAGAGUGACCGUGAUCGUCGUGACUUGGUAACUUGUGGAUGUGCUGCUGGUGUUGCUGCUGCUUUUAGGGCUCCAGUUGGAGGUGUGCUAUUUGCUCUGGAAGAAGUCACGUCUUGGUGGAGAAGUCAUCUUAUGUGGCGAGUGUUCUUUACAUCUGCUGUUGUGGCUGUUGUGGUACGUUCUGCUAUGGGCUGGUGCAAGAGUGGGAAAUGUGGACAUUUUGGCUCUGGUGGCUUCAUUAUUUGGGAUAUAUCGGGUGGUCAGGAAGACUACUCAUUUCAAGAAAUGUUGCCCAUGGCCAUAAUUGGUGUUAUUGGUGGUCUUCUAGGAGCCUUAUUUAAUCAGCUGACUCUUUACAUGGCUCGUUGGCGUCGCAAUUAUCUGCAUAAAAAGGGGAAUAGAGUCAAGGUUUUGGACGCUUGCAUUUUGUCACUGGUGACCUCAGUAAUUUCCUUUGGGCUACCACUUUUAAGGAAAUGCAGCCCAUGCCCUGAUUCAGAAGCUAAUCCUGAUAUUGAAUGUCCACGUCCUCCAGGAACAUAUGGGAAUUUUGUGAAUUUCUACUGUUCCAAUGAUAAACAAUACAAUGAUCUGGCAACUAUAUUCUUCAAUACUCAGGAUGAUGCAAUACGGAAUUUAUUUAGUGCUAAAACAUUUCAUGAGUAUAGUGCAAAAAGCCUUAUAACCUUUUUGGUGAUGUUUUACUCUCUAACUGUGGUGACAUUUGGAUCUGCUGUCCCUGCUGGUCAGUUUGUUCCAGGAAUAAUGAUUGGAUCAACUUAUGGAAGGCUUGUGGGAAUGUUUGUUGUUAAGUUUUACCGAAAGCUAAAUGUUGAGGAGGGAACAUAUGCUCUCCUAGGGGCUGCAUCUUUUCUUGGAGGGUCUAUGCGCAUGACUGUUUCAUUGUGUGUGAUCAUGGUUGAGAUCACAAACAACUUGCAACUCUUACCACUCAUCAUGCUUGUUCUACUGAUAUCAAAGGCUGUUGGUGAUGUUUUCAAUGAAGGACUUUAUGACGAACAAGCCCGUUUGAGAGCAAUUCCUUUACUUGAAUCUAGGCCUAAGCAGUAUAUGCGUAAUAUGACAGCUAGGGAUGCAUGCAAGAACCAACAGGUAGUCUACUUCUCCCGUGUUGCCAAGGUCGCUGAUAUUGUUUCUGUUCUUCGAAACAACAAACACAAUGGCUUCCCAGUGGUGGGUCAUGGAAGAAACCAGGAGCCACUUGUGAUGGGUCUCAUCCUUCGGAGCCACUUGUUGGUUCUUCUACAGUCAAAGAUAGAUUUCCAGAACAACCCUUUCCCUUGUGACCUCCGAAGCAUAGCAAACAGGCACCACCUCAGUGACUUUGUGAAGCCCAUCUCAAGCAAGGGACUUUCAAUAGAGAAGAUUCAUCUGGGUCAUGACGAACUAGAAAUGUAUUUAGAUCUCACUCCUUUUCUUAAUCCAUCACCAUAUGUUGUGCCAGAAGACAUGUCUUUAGCAAAGGUGUAUAAUCUUUUCCGGCAUUUGGGACUUAGACAUAUAUUUGUUGUCCCUCAGCCUUCUCGGGUUGUUGGUUUGAUCACCAGGAAGGAUUUAUUACUUGAGGAAAAUCAAGAUUCAGCAACAGUGGAGCUCCAAUCGACUAGUGUAAGAGCUCCGCAAGUCCGUAGAAAUAUCAAACAGCAUGUUCAUUCAGAGCACCAACCUCUCCUCGACAAUCUCUUACCCGUCAGUAAAUAGUUAAUAUAUUCUUUUACAAAAUUUUCGUAGCGGUAUGCAACAGACAUUUCAUCAUUACAAGUGUAUUUUAUAAGGAAAAAAAAAAGGUAGUUUGUUGAAUGGGUAGUUGACAUUUAAUUUAUAGGGAGGGUUGAAGAACAUGUACUGGCAAAAGAAAUCUCAUUCUUUUGUACUUCACAAAUGAGUUAGCAUGCUAGUUUUUUGCCA